AUGACGAGCCCAUCGCCAUCAGAAGAAGAGAACAAGCGUCUUCACGACGAUUGCUACCGGUUACUUCGUGCUGAGGUCAAGCUUCAGGAAUGGCGUGACGAAGAGGUGAAGCAAUACGAAAGGCACUUGCUGAAGCAAACCAUUGAGAGAGGCAACACCUCUGAUGCGCUAGAAAAAUACGCGCGGACUUCUUGCCAUCAGCUAUGCGACAAGGUGCUGGAGGUGCUCCCAAGAGAAAUGCGAGACGCCAUCUACCAACACGUUCUCCCUGCAUCUCCCAUCGUCAUGAAUAUCUUUAGAAAUAAUGCAUGCAGAUGCAAGUCAUGCCGCCACGGUAAGAGUACCCUUUGGGACCCUACCCAUCUUCCCCAACAUCUCGAUGAUGUCGACUACGUCCCUCAAGAAUUCUACCGGGAGCUAGUAGAGCAACUCUACCAGACGACCACGUUCGAUUUCGAGGAAGACUUCCAGAAGAUAGCAGACUUUAGGAUCAAUGAUGCCGGAACAACUGAUAUUGUCCCAGUCAAUUAUCCACUCAACAUCUCUAUCCUCAUCAAAUGUCACGUAUACGAUUUUGCAGGUACUUCAUCGCUCGGGGACCAGCCUGGACCAUCCAGGCCCCGACGUGCCCUCUUGACAGACUUGGAGGCACUGUUUGGGUUCAAGACCGGCACGAACAUACGCAUCCAUUUGCAAGUGGACUCCAUCCCAGGUACGGAGAAGGAAGCUUGGGAGUGUGAUACUGUGGUCCCGUUCAUCCUACCUACGAUGCGAAGACUUGUCGCACUUGGCAUGAAGGUGAAGCUGUGUCUCGAGGAUGGUGGGUGUGAGCUUGUCAUCAAGGAUGAUGGAGUUACGAUGGAGGAAAUCAAGGACCAGUUCGAGAAGGAUCAGGAGGCUGCGCGGUGGUCGAACAUGUUCGCCGAUACUACACGCUUGGGAAAGAAGUUCAAACUCAUCCUGAUCCUUCUUCAGCUCCACAUGCAACAAAACAUGGAUGUAACAAUAUCUGAGACCUUGAGAAACACGGGAACUGGUGAGUGUGAUUGCGCAUGUGGACAGCUUAGGAAGCGCGCGUUGAGAACACUCUCCGAAGAAAGCAUUUGCAAAGCCCGUGUUGCAGCGCUGCAACAAGAACUUGCACUUCUAGAGAAGCACCUUGCCAGCAUCACACCAACAACACAGGACGCAAUCGAACAACUCGCAAAAACGGAAUGUCGGCAACUCACGCACGAUAUCAUGACCAGGUUGCCACGUGAGAUACGGGAUAUGAUCUACGUCCACCUCAGUACACGGGAUCGCGAGCUCAUCGAGCGCGAGCAUUUUCGGGUAACCCUAGAUCCGCUAACAAGACUGUACUCGUACGACUUUGAGCGAUGGAAAGCGCAGCACUUCCCGGCGCAUUACUGGAAUCUGCAGUACGUCUCGCAACUCUUCUUCCGCGAGCUCGUAGAAAACUACUACCGGACCAGUACGUUUCUGUUUGGUGACGACCCGGGAGUAAUGAAGCGGUUUCUCAAUGCGGACGAAAUGAAACUUGGGGUUCUCCCAAAAGCGCUGGUUUCCAGUGUUGAGAUCAGGCUUAAUGCUGUGUCACAUGAUCGCGGCUCUUUCCGCGCGUACAUGUUUGGCAUACCAAAGUCACCAGAGCGCAUGCGGGAGGCUCUCGAUGGCAUCUUUGAACUCAGGCCUGGGGCUAAGAUUGUGAUACGAUUUGUGAGUGAGGCAAAGACGAAGGAAGAAAGGGAUGCGCAUUGCAAAGGGGCGAUGACAAUGCUCCUUGAGGAGGCACAGGUGGAGAAGAUGAAGAUGUAUAAGGUCAAGUUUAUAGUUGACGAGGGGCAGGUCUGGGACCUGACGGAGGCGAUGAAGGAUGAGUUGAUGGCGAUUCAUGGGUGA